AUGGACGAGUCAUCGCUGAUAAAGGCGCACGACCACGCCAGAGCCGCCUCCAACGCGACGCACCAGUCCGAAACCACCGUCGCCAUCAACGAACAUGCCCUCGCCGCCGGCGAGUUCGCCAACGCCGCCCGCGUGACCACCAGUGUCGAAGCGCUCCGCACCCUGAAACUCCUCGAGGAACAUCACCAGCGCCUCUCCGAACUGCUCAAGCUACCCCUCGACCGCCGCGCGAGCCAGAACCCCGACACCAUCGACGAGAAGCAGGAAUCACAAGCCUCCGACGACCCAAACGACGUCUCUUCUCCCCACGAUGCGAGAUCGAAAUCAGGAGCUGGCCACUCCGCCGGCAGCCCGGUCGCUUCCACCAAAACUGUGCCAUCUCUUGCGCAGCCGCGCCGGUACCCCAACCGCGAGAUGACUUCGUCGAUCGCGAGCAACCUCGCCUCGGCGCGCGGGAUCCGAUCAAGCAGGAACCGCAGUCAGCCCAUCCCGCCGAGCGUUACAAACGACCAGGCACCGGGGAGCAUGGAGGUGCAGCCUCGGCGGGAUGGAUCAAAGGUCAAGAUGCAAAACGUUCUCGACCAGUCUGGCAAACCAGGGUGGAUUCCGCCGACGGGCAACCCCGAGCCCUCGCGGAGAGAAGUUGAGUCGGACAAGGCGGAAGAACCCACCUCCCCGCCGCCCAGCGACGACGGAUACUCCCGCUUCUAUAGCACCUUCGGCAACAUCAUCAAUCGUCUCUCCGCGCCCCUGGCAUUCGCCGGCCUGCCCCUCAUCACCGAGGAAUCUUCCGCCUCCUCCGUCGCCGCCGCCUUGGAACCCCCUGAGACGCCAGAACCGGCACCGAUAAAGCGCAACCGGCUCAAAUCUUCCGCGGCCCCCGCCGAGCCCGACCUGUCCAAGAUCUACUCGCGCGCGACCCUCCGCGCCAUCUCGGCCCACAACCCCAACGACUCGUUCUACGUCGUUCCCACUAGCGGCCACACCGUUUCGUACGCCAACAUCCUCAACUUCGCCGACAAGGAGAAGCGCCGCCUCGAGGCCUCCCUUCACGGCGGCGACAGCUUCCUGGAAGACGACGACGACGACUUCGUCGACGCCCGCGAGUCGCCGUCCGUCCCACUGUCACCCAGCGUCAGGCGCCGCGUCGGCAGCAAGCCCUCACGGUCCGAACAGCAACUAACAAACACCGUCGAGGAGCUGUACCUCGAGAACCGGGGGCUCAAGGACAUGCUGGACAAGCUGAGCAAGCGGCUCCACGCCUUUGAGGCCACGGCGCAGAACUCGAGCCUCGCGCUGGCCGAGAGCAUCCGCCUGAGGCGGCCGGGUUCGCCCUCAUCGAUCGCGGUCGGUGGCGGGCCGUCGACAGCGGGAGGGGACGCAGUGCUGCGCUCACGGAAUAGAGAACUGGAGGAGCAGAUGGCCAUGGCGGUACAGCGCAUGGAAGCCCUGGAGAAGGAGAACAAAACCAUGGCGCGAACGCUGGAGAAGUACCGCGAGAAGUGGGAGAAGCUCAAGGCCGGCGCCAAGGCGCGGCGGCAGGCGCAGGGGACGGCGGAGAGUGCCGAUGCGGACGAGGCGGCGGCGACGGCGGCCAGCUGA